UCUGCCUUGGCCUUUUGGAUUUACUGACGAGUCAUUGCUUUCUCAAACCUUCAUUACUCAAAUGAAACAGAUGAUGGGUCUCGAUUGAUUAGUAGAUCUUCAUUACUCUCUGCCCAACAUGGUUUAUGAGUUUGCUCAGUGAGACCCCCCUACAAGCUUUGUGCGUCACUCUCAAACAUGAAUUUGGAUUUGAUUUUCGUUAGAUUGUCUACUGUGAACAGCUAUGGAUUAUAUUUAGGGUGGGUUUUGAUGGUGUAGUUUCACUGUUUAUGCUUGAAGUCAACAAAAUGCCCUCACAAGAAAGUAACACCGAUAUUGCCUCUUUCUGGAUUCCCUUCUCUCUCUCUCUCUCUCUCUCUCUCUCUCUCUCUCUCUCUCUCUCAUGUCUCCCCAAAUCAGUUGGUGGGUCAGUCUAUGUUUCUUUUGUCAGGAUUCUCUUGCAGCACAUCAAUAAACCUUGAAACUAAGAAUUCAAUGAUGAGAGCCCCACACAGCACAGAUAAAGGGGAAGAAACCACAUUCUCUUUAUUAUACACUCACUCCCUCUUAGUCUAUCUCCUACCAACCAACCUUCUGAAGAAUCUACCUUCCUUACCCCUGGUUUCUCAGCUACAGCCAGUAAUGGCUCUGGAAUCCUCAUCCAGAAGGCACUUCCAUUGGACAAGGAAGGUUAGUAAUGAAGAUGAAGACGAUUCCACCUUCAAAUCCUCAGAAUCUGCCCCAGAAGAAAAGGAGGAGGAGAACGCCAAGCCCAUUUCACAGGACUCACAACAUCAGCAGCAGGUUGGAGCACAAUUGUCAAGGAGGAAACUGCAACAGCUUGCCGUCUCUCGGUUCCGUUCGGUUCUCACUGCCCUUGGCCGCAGCCGGAACCAGCAGCUCGGUCUUCGUUCUCGAGUGGUCGGAACACUGUUUGGUUCUCGCCGAGGGCAUGUUCAUUUUGCAUUCCAGAGAGACCCCAAUUCUCAUCCCGCUUUCUUGAUUGAGCUUGCUACACCAAUCAGUGGUCUGGUGAAGGAAAUGGCAUCUGGACUGGUUCGAAUUGCACUGGAAUGCGAUAAAGAGAAAGAGGAGAACAAGAAACCAGGAAGGAGGCUGCUUGAAGAGCCUAUUUGGAGGACAUUUUGCAAUGGGAAGAAAUGCGGUUUUGCUUCAAGGCGAGAAUGUGGACCUAAGGAGUGGAAGAUCUUGAAGGCUGUGGAGCCAAUUUCCAUGGGUGCUGGCGUUUUACCGGUGAACGAAGGCACCGAGGGCGGUGGCGGGGAGGGAAAAGAGGGAUCAGAUGGUGAAAUCAUGUACAUGAGAGCCAAGUUUGAGAGAAUUGUAGGCUCUAGGGACUCUGAAGCUUUCUACAUGAUGAACCCAGAUAGUAAUGGUGCUCCUGAGCUCAGUGUCUAUUUACUAAGGGUGUAAUUUGAGCAACCAUGGAAGGAUUGAUCUGAGUUACUCCUCAAGUUCCUUCAUUUCAGCAGCUGCAGCUCAGCUAAACUCCAACUCCAACUCCAAGUCUUGUAUUUUCUUCUUUCUGAUGUACUGUUACUCUGUAUUAUUUCCAGUUUAGAUUUUCUUUCUUUUUGUUGAGUAUGAGGGGAUACAUUACAAGAAGAUGAUGGUGGGUUGGGGAGAUGAAGGUGUAAAUGUAUAGUUUCUGUCUAAUUCAUGAUUAAUUACAAUUACCUUAGAAUGCUAU